AUGAUAGACGACCGGCUAAGCUUUAAUAGCCACAUCCACCAUGUAUUCGAGAAGGCCGUAAAAGGGAUCUCGACACUAUCUCGAAUCAUGCCCAACAAUUCGGCGAUCAACAGCAGUAAAAAGCGACUACUGGCAGGACCUGCAUGGGUGACGGUACUGCAGGCGAAGAGGAACACAACUCGGCUGAACAGCAUGUUUAGGCUGAUGGUCAUGCGGGUGUUAAGCGCGUAUCGAACUAUCUCGUCGGAGGCAGUUUACAUGAUAGCUGGAAUAGGGAUUAUAGGGAUCGAGGUCCGAGAGAAGUCCGUAAACAAGAUCGAGCUGAUAUCUUAA